AUGGGUCGCACUAAACGACAUGACACUCACCAAACCCCGAGGGGCAACCAGGGUUACUCCCAAGCCGGACCGAUGGACCGUUUCCUCCAAACGCUGGCGAGUCCAUCCUGCAAAAAAGUGGGCCCAAAUAUGGCCAACACCCUGGUCCCAUCACCAACCUCCGAUACAUCUCCUCUCUCCCUGGCAGACAUUAGCGCAAAUAUCAGGGCACUGUCAAGCAAAAUGGUCACCAAAUCUGACCUGAAACCGUUCUCGGACACCAUCCACGAGGCUGUAUGCUCGGAGGUAGCUAUGCUGUAG